GGUUAGUCCGUCCAGCCGUAAAGAUUGUUAUGAAUGAAGGGCGGACUAACCUCUCUCGUUUUUAUUUUUAUCUUUCCGUUUAUUUAUUUGUGCCACUUCCCUUUUAUAAAUCCAGACUGCAGGUCACGCAUAUCGCUGAUUCCCAGCUGUGCUGAGACCAGAACUGUUUGCAGUGCGUGCCCACUGGUAAAUGGAUUGUAAAACAUCCAGACAACAACAUGAGUCAAUUCAGUCUGUACAACGAAAUAGCUUUAGGUCGACUUCAUAUGAUGAUUACUAACACCACUAAGGAUGCUGAAAUUGAGCACAACGUAGCUUUCCCUAAUCGACUGUAUCGCCAGACGUCCAAAGCAACAGCUGAGGAUAAACUGGCUUUCACAAUUCAGAUUCUGAAUGACCUGUUUGCCCUGUUUAAGAAGAAUCGCAGCUCUGCACCAUGGGAGGAGAACACAGUGGAGAACUUUCUCAAUAUUGUGAACAAACAGACUGAAGAGCUUCGCUCCUGUAUUGGAAGCCACAGCAAUACGACACAGAAGGGGCAACAGCUGUCUUUUAGGAGAGAAAUGUAUUUCGAGAGACUCUUAAAUGAAAUCCUAAAGAAAAAUGGUUACAGUGCUGAAGCCUGGGAGAAGAUCAGGAACAUAACACAAGCCCAUCUGAGACAAUGUGAAUUUCUCAUAUCUCCGAGAACUGCCCACUGAAAGUUUUCUCUCGGAUACAUAUUUUUAAAAAGUAUUUUUUAAUUUAUUGUUAAAUUAUAUCUUAGUUGGUUUAAUUUAUUUAUUGUAUUUAUGAUA